AAAUUCUAAAUAGUCAAUGACAGAAUGACCUUAAAAGAGUUAGUGCUUGGUUUUCAAUCUGAACAGUUGAUAACGGACGGCGUUGUCGCCGAAGAGGCGGUUUGUGCUGUUAAAUCCUGGCUGAACGACGCCAAACUUCCGGCUCUGAGCGACGAGCAGAUAAUACUUUUCCUGGUAUCUUGCAAUCAAAAUGUUGAGUUUACUCAGAAGACUAUCCUGGUGCAUUUUAAAAUUAAGAGGGGCUCGCCUGAGCAUUUCGACAGUAGACGGUUGCAUGGGAAUGACGUCCAGAAUGCCCUUCAGACUGGCUUAGGCGCACCUGCGUUUGGAAAGACGAAGAGGGCUGUGUCAUCAUAUACUACCGAUGUAAUCGAGACGUUCGGCAUUGGAACCUCAGUCACUCGGCCAAAUUUUCGUUCAUGGUUCUUGACAGUGCUCUGUAACCCUCCAAAAGGAUUGUAUAUCAUCGUCGACACCAAGGAGUUAAGCUUCGAGCUUGCUAUGAAGACUCUACGCCCGAGCGUGCUGAGUGUCAUCUUCAAUUACUUCCAACGGGCGGCGCCAGUCAAACUGAGAGCCAUACAUAUCUUCAAUUCUGCGUAUUGGGCACCGAAACUCUUGCAAAUGGUCAGUCCAUUUAUAGACAGUAAGAUUGUCGAACAGAUCGUCUUCUACCCCAGAAAUCUGAGCUUGGAGGAGCUCCGCGAGAGGUUGCCAAGCGACUUGGGAGGAGAGUUGCCAUCUGUUGACGUUUUGCAAGAACGUCUCAUUGAGAAAAUGGAAAGCAUCUCUGCGUACUAUGAAGCCGAGGAGUUGCAACGUUGACCUUUUGUACGCCCGUAGAGUUACUUAUCAUAAAAAGGUUAAAUCAAUUACUAUAAAUAGCGAUAAUGUACUGCGUAAAAUAUACUGUCGAUAAACCCCGCGACUCUGCCUUGUUACGGGUCUAUACACACGACUACGUUAUGGCACUAGAAUGCCGGAAAAAAUAAGUGGAGGUAUUGGUGCGGUAGAUAAACCCAGGGGUUAGAACCUCAUCUACACGUAUUAUUAUUAUUGCGAUACACAGUUUUUAUACAUGG